AUGGAGGCGGGACUCGUAGUCCGGGGUGAGGUUGUAGAGGAGGCGGUGGAUUUGCAGGGGCUCGGGGAGGGCAGCUUGGCGUGCCGCAAGGCGAUCAGCGACCUCCUGCAUGCGCCCCACAUAGUCAACUGCGCCAUCACAGGUGGCGAGGGUGAUGGAGAAGUACUCUUGGAACAGGGCGCCGACAGAGCUGAUGUCGCGACGCUCGAACAUCGCCUGGAGCUCGGUCCAGAUGAGGGAGGAGCGCAUCUCGCGAGCUUGGAAACGGCGCAUAAGGGUACCAGGGAGUGCGCCAAGGAGGACGGUGCAGGCGCGGUUAUCAGCAGUGGCCCAUGCGAUGCUCCGAGGGAGGUAGUCCGCCAUGGCCGUAUUGUACUCAUCAAGGAGCGCCAGGCGAUUGGCGCGUUCCGCUACCGCGAAGUCGUGGUUGUGUACCGCAACUUCAUACUCCGCCUUGCGGAUGAGGUAUUCGCGGCGAUCGUGGAGAAAUGCGGCAUCGGCGGCAUCUUGGAGCGCCGGGGUAGUGGCGAUUUCCAAGGUGGGUUCAGUGGGAGGAGGACCAGGAGGAAUGGGGGGUGGAGGGGGUUCGCCGGGGUGAAUGGGUGCUGUGGGCUGGAGGGCUUGCGGGCGGCGGAGGAGGAUGUCGAUGACGCAAGGAGAGGUGCUUCACAGAGGAGUGGCGCCCGCCUCACAUCACAGAGGAGUGGCGCCCGCCUCACACCACAGAGGAGUGGCGCCCGCCUCACAUCACAGAGGAGUGGCGCCCGCCUCACAUCACAGAGGAGUGGCGCCCGCCUCACACCACAGAGGAGUGGCGCCCGCCUCACAUCACAGAGGAGUGGGGCCCGCCUCACACCACAGAGGAGUGGCGCCUGCCUCACACCACAGAGGAGUGGCGCCCGCCUCACACCACAGAGGAGUGGCGGCUGCCUCACAUUAAAGAGGAGUGGCGCCCGCCUCACACCACAGAGGAGUGGCGUGGCGCCUGCCUCACACCACAGAGGAGUGGCACCCGCCUCACAUCACAGAGGAGUGGCGCCCGCCUCACACCACAGAGGAGUGGCGCCCGCCUCACACCACAGAGGAGUGGCGCCCGCCUCACAUCACAGAGGAGUGGCGCCCGCCUCACACCACAGAGGAGUGGCGCCUGCCUCACACCACAGAGGAGUGGCGCCUGCCUCACACCACAGAGGAGUGGCGCCCGCCUCACACCACAGAGGAGUGGCGCCCGCCUCACACCACAGAGGAGUGGCGCCCGCCUCACACCACAGAGGAGUGGCGCCCGCCUCACACCACAGAGGAGUGGCGCCCGCCUCACACCACAGAGGAGUGGCGCCCGCCUCACACCACAGAGGAGUGGCGCCCGCCUCACACCACAGAGGAGUGGCGCCCGCCUCACAUCUCAGAGGAGGAGUGGCGCCCGCCUCACACCACAGAGGAGUGGCGCCCGCCUCACACCACAGAGGAGUGGCGCCUACCUCACACCACAGAGGAGUGGCGCCCGCCUCACACCACAGAGGAGUGGCGCCCGCCUCACACCACAGAGGAGUGGCGCCCGCCUCACAUCUCAGAGGAGGAGUGGCGCCCGCCUCACACCACAGAGGAGUGGCGCCCGCCUCACACCACAGAGGAGUGGCGCCUACCUCACACCACAGAGGAGUGGCGCCCGCCUCACAUCUCAGAGGAGUGGCGUCCGCCUCACACCACAGAGGAGUGGCACCUGCCUCACACCACAGAGGAGUGGCGCCCGCCUCACAUCUCAGAGGAGGAGUGGCGCCCGCCUCACACCACAGAGGAGUGGCGCCCGCCUCACACCACAGAGGAGUGGCGCCCGCCUCACACCACAGAGGAGUGGCGCCCGCCUCACACCACAGAGGAGUGGCACCUGCCUCACAUCACAGAGGAGUGGCGCCCGCCUCACAUCACAGAGGAGUGGCGUCCGCUUCACACCACAGAGGAGUGGCGCCCGCCUCACAUCUCAGAGGAGGAGUGGCGCCCGCCUCACACCACAGAGGAGUGGCGCCCGCCUCACAUCUCAGAAGAGGAUUGGCGCCCGCCUCACACCACAGAGGAGUGGCGCCGCCUCACACCACAGAGGAGUGGCGCCCGCCUCACACCACAGAGGAGUGGCGCCUGCCUCACACCACAGAGGAGUGGCGCCCGCCUCACACCACAGAGGAGUGGCGCCCGCCUCACAUCUCAGAGGAGGAGUGGCGCCCGCCUCACACCACAGAGGAGUGGCGCCCGCCUCAAACCACAGAGGAGUGGCGCCCGCCUCACACCACAGAGGAGUGGCGCCCGCCUCACACCACAGAGGAGUGGCGCCCGCCUCACACCAGAGGAGUGGCGCUCGCCUCACACCACAGAGGAGUGGCGCCUGCCUCACACCACAGAGGAGUGGCGCCUGCCUCACACCACACAGGAGUGGCGCCUGCCUCACACCACAGAGGAGUGGCGCCCGCCUCACACCACAGAGGAGUGGCGCCCGCCUCACACCACAGAGGAGUGGGGCCCGCCUCACACCACAGAGGAGUGGCGCCCGCCUCACACCACAGAGGAGUGGCGCCCGCCUCACAUCACAGAGGAGUGGCGCCCGCCUCACACCACAGAGGAGUGGCGCCCGCCUCACAUCUCAGAGGAGGAGUUGCGCCCGCCUCACACCACAGAGGAGUGGCGCCCGCCUCACAUCUCAGAGGAGGAUUGGCGCCCGCCUCACACCACAGAGGAGUGGCGCCGCCUCACACCACAGAGGAGUGGCGCCCGCCUCACACCACAGAGGAGUGGCACCUGCCUCACACCACAGAGGAGUGGCGCCCGCCUCACACCACAGAGGAGUGGCGCCCGCCUCACACCACAGAGGAGUGGCGCCCGCCUCACACCACAGAGGAGUGGCGCCCGCCUCACACCACAGAGGAGUGGCGCCCGCCUCACAUCUCAGAGGAGGAGUGGCGCCCGCCUCACACCACAGAGGAGUGGCGCCCGCCUCACACCACAGAGGAGUGGCGCCUACCUCACACCACAGAGGAGUGGCGCCCGCCUCACACCACAGAGGAGUGGCGCCCGCCUCACACCACAGAGGAGUGGCGCCCGCCUCACAUCUCAGAGGAGUGGCGCCCGCCUCACACCACAGAGGAGUGGCGCCCGCCUCACACCACAGAGGAGUGGCGCCGGCCUCACACCACAGAGGAGUGGCGCCCGCCUCACACCACAGAGGAGUGGCGCCCGCCUCACACCACAGAGGAGUGGCGCCUGCCUCACACCACAGAGGAGUGGCGCCCGCCUCACACCACAGAGGAGUGGCGCCCGCCUCACACCACAGAGGAGUGGCGCCCGCCUCACACCACAGAAGAGUGGCGCCCGCCUCACACCACAGAGGAGUGGCGCCCGCCUCACAUCUCAGAGGAGGAGUGGCGCCCGCCUCACACCAAGGAGGAGUGGCGCCCGCCUCAAACCACAGAGGAGUGGCGCCCGCCUCACACCACAGAGGAGUGGCGCCCGCCUCACACCACAGAGGAGUGGCGCCCGCCUCACACCACAGAGGAGUGGCGCCCGCCUCACACCACAGAGGAGUGGCGCCUGCCUUACACCACAGAGGAGUGGCGCCUGCCUCAUACCACAGAGGAGAGGCGCCUGCCUCACACCACAGAGGAGUGGCGCCCGCCUCACACCAGAGAGGAGUGGCGCCCACCUCACACCACAGAGGAGUGGCGCCUGCCUCACACCACAGAGGAGUGGCGCCCGCCUCACACCACAGAGGAGUGGCGCCCGCCUCACAUCUCAGAGGAGGAGUGGCGCCCGCCUCACACCAAAGAGGAGUGGCGCCCGCCUCACACCAUAGAGGAGUGGCGCCCGCCUCACACCACAGAGGAGUGGCGCCCGCCUCACAUCUCGGAGGAGGAGUGGCGCCCGCCUCACACCACAGAGGAGUGGCGCCCGCCUCACACCACAGAGGAGUGGCGCCCGCCUCACACCACAGAGGAGUGGCGCCCGCCUCACACCACAGAGGAGUGGCGCCCGCCUCACACCACAGAGGAGUGGCGCCCGCCUCACACCACAGAGGAGUGGCGCCCGCCUCACACCACAGAGGAGUUGCGCCCGCCUCACACCACAGAGGAGUGGCGCCCGCCUCACACCACAGAGGAGUGGCGCCCGCCUCACACCACAGAGGAAGAGGAGUGGCGCCUGCCUCACACCACAGAGGAGUGGCGCCCGCCUCACACCACAGAGGAGUGGCGCCCGCCUCACACCACAGAGGAGUGGCGCCCGCCUCACACCACAGAGGAGUGGCGCCUGCCUCACACCACAGAGGAGUGGCGCCCGCCUCACACCACAGAGGAGUGGCGCCCGCCUCACAUCUCAGAGGAGGAGUGGCGCCCGCCUCACACCACAGAGGAGUGGCGCCCGCCUCACACCACAGAGGAGUGGCGCCCGCCUCACACCACAGAGGAGUGGCGCCCGCCUCACACCACAGAGGAGUGGCGCCCGCCUCACAUCACAGAGGAGUGGCGCCCGCCUCACACCACAGAGGAGUGGCGCCUGCCUCACACCACAGAGGAGUGGCGCCUACCUCACACCACAGAGGAGUGGCGCCCGCCUCACACCACAGAGGAGUGGCGCCCGCCUCACAUCUCAGAGGAGGAGUGGCGCCCGCCUCACACCACAGAGGAGUGGCGCCCGCCUCACACCACAGAGGAGUGGCGCCCGCCUCACACCACAGAGGAGUGGCGCCCGCCUCACAUCACAGAGGAGUGGCGCCCGCCUCACACCACAGAGGAGUGGCGCCCGCCUCACACCUCAGAGGAGUGGCGCCUGCCUCACACCACAGAGGAGUGGCGCCCGCCUCACACCACAGAGGAGUGGCGCCCGCCUCACAUCUCAGAGGAGGAGUGGCGCCCGCCUCACACCACAGAGGAGUGGCGCCCGCCUCACACCACAGAGGAGUGGCGCCUGCCUCACACCACAGAGGAGUGGCGCCCGCCUCACACCACAGAGGAGUGGCGCCCGCCUCACACCACAGAGGAGUGGCGCCCGCCUCACAUCACAGAGGAGUGGCGUCCGCCUCACACCACAGAGGAGUGGCGCCCGCCUCACAUCUCAGAGGAGGAGUGGCGCCCGCCUCACACCACAGAGGAGUGGCGCCCGCCUCACAUCUCAGAGGAGGAGUGGCGCCCGCCUCACACCACAGAGGAGUGGCGCCCGCCUCACACCACAGAGGAGUGGCGCCCGCCUCACACCACAGAGGAGUGGCGCCCGCCUCACACCACAGAGGAGUGGCGCCCGCCUCACACCACAGAGGAGUGGCGCCCGCCUCACACCACAGAGGAGUGGCGCCCGCCUCACACCACAGAGGAGUGGCGCCCGCCUCACACCACAGAGGAGUGGCGCCCGCCUCACAUCACAGAGGAGUGGCGCCCACCUCACACCACAGAGGAGUGGCGCCCGCCUCACACCACAGAGGAGUGGCGCCUGCCUCACACCACAGAGGAGUGGCGCCCGCCUCACACCACAGAGGAGUGGCGCCCGCCUCACAUCUCAGAGGAGGAGUGGCGCCCGCCUUACACCACAGAGAAGUGGCGCCCGCCUCACACCACAGAGGAGUGGCGCCCGCCUCACACCACAGAGGAGUGGCGCCCGCCUCACAUCUCAGAGGAGGAGUGGCGCCCGCCUCACACCACAGAGGAGUGGCGCCCGCCUCACACCACAGAGGAGUGGCGCCAGCCUCACACCACAGAGGAGUGGCGCCCGCCUCACACCACAGAGGAGUGGCGCCUGCCUCACACCACAGAGGAGUGGCGCCCGCCUCACAUUACAGAGGAGUGGCGCCCGCCUCACACCACAGAGGAGUGGCGCCUGCCUCACACCACAGAGGAGUGGCGCCUGCCUCACACCACAGAGGAGUGGCGCCCGCCUCACACCACAGAGGAGUGGCGCCCGCCUCACAUCUCAGAGGAGGAGUGGCGCCCGCCUCACACCAAAGAGGAGUGGCGCCCGCCUCACACCACAGAGGAGUGGCGCCCGCCUCACACCACAGAGGAGUGGCACCUGCCUCACACCACAGAGGAGUGGCGCCCGCCUCACACCACAGAGGAGUGGCGCCCGCCUCACAUCUCAGAGGAGGAGUGGCACCCGCCUCACACCACAGAGGAGUGGCGCCCUCCUCACACCACAGAGGAGUGGCGCCUGCCUUACACCACAGAGGAGUGGCGCCCGCCUCACAUCACAGAGGAGUGGCGCCCGCCUCACACCACAGAGGAGUGGCGCCCGCCUUACACCACAGAGGAGUGGCGCCCGCCUCACACCACAGAGGAGUGGCGCCCGCCUCACACCACAGAGGAGUGGCACCUGCCUCACACCACAGAGGAGUGGCGCCCGCCUCACACCACAGAGGAGUGGCGCCCGCCUCACAUCUCAGAGGAGGAGUGGCGCCCGCCUCACACCACAGAGGAGUGGCGCCCGCCUCACACCACAGAGGAGUGGCGCCCGCCUCACACCACAGAGGAGUGGCGCCCGCCUCACACCACAGAGAAGUGGCGCCCGCCUCACACCACAGAGGAGUGGCGCCCGCCUCACACCACAGAGGAGUGGCGCCCGCCUCACACCACAGAGGAGUGGCGCCCGCCUCACACCACAGAGAAGUGGCGCCCGCCUCACACCACAGAGGAGUGGCGCUUGCCUCACACCACAGAGGAGUGGCGCCCCCCUCACACCACAGAGGAGUGGCGCCCGCCUCACAUCUCAGAGGAGGAGUGGCGCCCGCCUCACACCACAGAGGAGUGGCGCCAGCCUCACACCACAGAGGAGUGGCGCCCGCCUCACACCACAGAGGAGUGGCGCCCGCCUCACAUCUCAGAGGAGGAGUGGCGCCCGCCUCACACCACAGAGGAGUGGCGCCCGCCUCACACCACAGAGGAGUGGCGCCUGCCUCACACCACUGAGGAGUGGCGCCCGCCUCACACCACAGAGGAGUGGCGCCCGCCUCACAUCUCAGAGGAGGAGUGGCGCUCGCCUCACACCACAGAGGAGUGGCGCCCGCCUCACACCACAGAGGAGUGGCGCCCGCCUCACACCACAGAGGAGUGGCGCCCGCCUCACACCACAGAGGAGUGGCGCCCGCCUCACACCACAGAGGAGUGGCGCCCGCCUCACACCACAGAGGAGUGGCGCCCGCCUCACACCACAGAGGAUGGCGCCCGCCUCACAUCUCAGAGGAGGAGUGGCGCCCGCCUCACACCACAGAGGAGUGGCGCCCGCCUCACACCACAGAGGAGUGGCGCCCGCCUCACACCACAGAGGAGAGUGGCGCCCGCCUCACACCACAGAGGAGUGGCGCCCGCCUCACAUCUCGGAGGAGGAGUGGCGCCCGCCUCACACCACAGAGGAGUGGCGCCCGCCUCACACCACAGAGGAGUGGCGCCCGCCUCACAUCACAGAGGAGUCGCGCCCGCCUCACACCACAGAGGAGUCGCGCCCGCCUCACACCACAGAGGAGUGGCGCCCGCCUCACACCACAGAGGAGUGGCGCCCGCCUCACACCACAGAGGAGUGGCGCCCGCCUCACACCACAGAGGAGUGGCGCCCGCCUCACACCACAGAGGAGUGGCGCCCGCCUCACACCACAGAGGAGUGGCACCUGCCUCACACCACAGAGGAGUGGCGCCCGCCUCACACCACAGAGGAGUGGCGCCCGCCUCACAUCUCAGAGGAGGAGUGGCGCCCGCCUCACACCACAGAGGAGUGGCGCCCGCCUCACACCACAGAGGAGUGGCGCCCGCCUCACACAACAGAGGAGUGGCGCCCGCCUCACACAACAGAGGAGUGGCGCCCGCCUCACACCACAGAGGAGUGGCGCCUGCCUCACACCACAGAGGAGAGUGGCGCCCGCCUCACACCACAGAGGAGGGGCGCCUGCCUCACACCACAGAGGAGUGGCGCCCGCCUCACACCACAGAGGAGUGGCGCCCGCCUCACACCACAGAGGAGUGGCGCCCGCCUCACACCACAGAGGAGUGGCGCCCGCCUCACAUCUCAGAGGAGGAGUGGCGCCCGCCUCACACCACAAAGGAGUGGCGCUCGCCUCACAUCUCAGAGGAGGAGUGGCGCCCGCCUCACACCACAGAGGAGUGGCGCCCGCCUCACAUCACAGAGGAGUGGCGCCCACCUCACACCACAGAGGAGUGGCGCCUGCCUCACACCUCAGAGGAGUGGCGCCUGCCUCACACCACAGAGGAGUGGCGCCUGCCUCACACCACAGAGGAGUGGCGCCCGCCUCACACCACAGAGGAGUGGCGCCUGCCUCACAUCACAGAGGAGUGGCGCCUGCCUCACACCACAGAGGAGUGGCGCCUGCCUCACAUCAAAGAGGAGUGGCGCCCGCCUCACACCACAGAGGAGUGGCGCCUGCCUCACACCACAGAGGAGUGGCGCCUGCCUCACACCACAGAGGAGUGGCGCCCGCCUCACAUCACAGAGGAGUGGCGCCCGCCUCACACCACAGAGGAGUGGCGCCCGCCUCACAUCACAGAGGAGUGGCGCCCGCCUCACACCACAGAGGAGUGGCGCCCGCCUCACAUCUCAGAGGAGGAGUGGCGCCCGCCUCACAACACAGAGGAGUGGCGCCCGCCUCACACCACAGAGGAGUGGCGCCCGCCUCACACCACAGAGGAGUGGCGCCCGCCUCACACCAAAGAGGAGUGGCGCCCGCCUCACACCACACAGGAGUGGCGCCCGCCUCACACCACAGAGGAGUGGCACCUGCCUCACACCACAGAGGAGUGGCGCCUGCCUCACACCACAGAGGAGUGGCGCCCGCCUCACAUCUCAGAGGAGGAGUGGCACCGGCCUCACACCACAGAGGAGUGGCGCCCUCCUCACACCACAGAGGAGUGGCGCCUGCCUUACACCACAGAGGAGUGGCGCCCGCCUCACAUCACAGAGGAGUGGCGCCCGCCUCAGACCACAGAGGAGUGGCGCCCGCCUUACACCACAGAGGAGUGGCGCCCGCCUCACACCACAGAGGAGUGGCGCCCGCCUCACACCACAGAGGAGUGGCACCUGCCUCACACCACAGAGGAGUGGCGCCCGCCUCACACCACAGAGGAGUGGCGCCCGCCUCACAUCUCAGAGGAGGAGUGGCGCCCGCCUCACACCACAGAGGAGUGGCGCCCGCCUCACACCACAGAGGAGUGGCGCCCGCCUCACACCACAGAGGAGUGGCGCCCGCCUCACACCACAGAGAAGUGGCGCCCGCCUCACACCACAGAGGAGUGGCGCCCGCCUCACACCACAGAGGAGUGGCGCCCGCCUCACACCACAGAGGAGUGGCGCCCGCCUCACACCACAGAGAAGUGGCGCCCGCCUCACACCACAGAGGAGUGGCGCCUGCCUCACACCACAGAGGAGUGGCGCCCCCCUCACACCACAGAGGAGUGGCGCCCGCCUCACAUCUCAGAGGAGGAGUGGCGCCCGCCUCACACCACAGAGGAGUGGCGCCAGCCUCACACCACAGAGGAGUGGCGCCCGCCUCACACCACAGAGGAGUGGCGCCCGCCUCACAUCUCAGAGGAGGAGUGGCGCCCGCCUCACACCACAGAGGAGUGGCGCCCGCCUCACACCACAGAGGAGUGGCGCCUGCCUCACACCACUGAGGAGUGGCGCCCGCCUCACACCACAGAGGAGUGGCGCCCGCCUCACAUCUCAGAGGAGGAGUGGCGCUCGCCUCACACCACAGAGGAGUGGCGCCCGCCUCACACCACAGAGGAGUGGCGCCCGCCUCACACCACAGAGGAGUGGCGCCCGCCUCACACCACAGAGGAGUGGCGCCCGCCUCACACCACAGAGGAGUGGCGCCCGCCUCACACCACAGAGGAGUGGCGCCCGCCUCACACCACAGAGGAUGGCGCCCGCCUCACAUCUCAGAGGAGGAGUGGCGCCCGCCUCACACCACAGAGGAGUGGCGCCCGCCUCACACCACAGAGGAGUGGCGCCCGCCUCACACCACAGAGGAGUGGCGCCCGCCUCACACCACAGAGGAGUGGCGCCCGCCUCACAUCACAGAGGAGUGGCGCCCGCCUCACACCACAGAGGAGUGGCGCCCGCCUCACACCACAGAGGAGUGGCGCCCGCCUCACACCACAGAGGAGUGGCGCCCGCCUCACACCACAGAGGAGUGGCGCCCGCCUCACACCACAGAGGAGUGGUGCCCGCCUCACAUCACAGAGGAGUCGCGCCCGCCUCACACCACAGAGGAGUGGCGCCCGCCUCACACCACAGAGGAGUGGCGCCCGCCUCACACCACAGAGGAGUGGCGCCCGCCUCACACCACAGAGGAGUGGCGCCCGCCUCACACCACAGAGGAGUGGCACCUGCCUCACACCACAGAGGAGUGGCGCCCGCCUCACACCACAGAGGAGUGGCGCCCGCCUCACAUAUCAGAGGAGGAGUGGCGCCCGCCUCACACCACAGAGGAGUGGCGCCCGCCUCACACCACAGAGGAGUGGCGCCCGCCUCACACAACAGAGGAGUGGCGCCCGCCUCACACAACAGAGGAGUGGCGCCCGCCUCACACCACAGAGGAGUGGCGCCUGCCUCACACCACAGAGGAGUGGCGCCCGCCUCACACCACAGAGGAAGGAGGGGCGCCUGCCUCACACCACAGAGGAGUGGCGCCCGCCUCACACCACAGAGGAGUGGCGCCCGCCUCACACCACAGAGGAGUGGCGCCCGCCUCACACCACAGAGGAGUGGCGCCCGCCUCACAUCUCAGAGGAGGAGUGGCGCCCGCCUCACACCACAAAGGAGUGGCGCUCGCCUCACAUCUCAGAGGAGGAGUGGCGCCCGCCUCACACCACAGAGGAGUGGCGCCCGCCUCACAUCACAGAGGAGUGGCGCCCACCUCACACCACAGAGGAGUGGCGCCUGCCUCACACCUCAGAGGAGUGGCGCCUGCCUCACACCACAGAGGAGUGGCGCCUGCCUCACACCACAGAGGAGUGGCGCCCGCCUCACACCACAGAGGAGUGGCGCCUGCCUCACAUCACAGAGGAGUGGCGCCUGCCUCACACCACAGAGGAGUGGCGCCUGCCUCACAUCAAAGAGGAGUGGCGCCCGCCUCACACCACAGAGGAGUGGCGCCUGCCUCACACCACAGAGGAGUGGCGCCUGCCUCACACCACAGAGGAGUGGCGCCCGCCUCACAUCACAGAGGAGUGGUGCCCGCCUCACACCACAGAGGAGUGGCGCCCGCCUCACAUCACAGAGGAGUGGCGCCCGCCUCACACCACAGAGGAGUGGCGCCCGCCUCACAUCUCAGAGGAGGAGUGGCGCCCGCCUCACAACACAGAGGAGUGGCGCCCGCCUCACACCACAGAGGAGUGGCGCCCGCCUCACACCACAGAGGAGUGGCGCCCGCCUCACACCAAAGAGGAGUGGCACCCGCCUCACACCACACAGGAGUGGCGCCCGCCUCACACCACAGAGGAGUGGCACCUGCCUCACACCACAGAGGAGUGGCGCCCGCCUCACACCACAGAGGAGUGGCGCCCGCCUCACAUCUCAGAGGAGGAGUGGCACCGGCCUCACACCACAGAGGAGUGGCGCCCUCCUCACACCACAGAGGAGUGGCGCCUGCCUUACACCACAGAGGAGUGGCGCCCGCCUCACAUCACAGAGGAGUGGCGCCCGCCUCACACCACAGAGGAGUGGCGCCCGCCUUACACCACAGAGGAGUGGCGCCCGCCUCACAUCUCAGAGGAGGAGUGGCACCGGCCUCACACCACAGAGGAGUGGCGCCCUCCUCACACCACAGAGGAGUGGCGCCCGCCUCACACCACAGAGGAUGGCGCCCGCCUCACAUCUCAGAGGAGGAGUGGCGCCCGCCUCACACCACAAAGGAGUGGCGCCCGCCUCACACCACAGAGGAGUGGCGCCUGCCUCACACCACAGAGGAGUGGCGCCCGCCUCACACCACAGAGGAGUGGCGCCCGCCUCAUAUCUCAGAGGAGGAGUGGCGCCCGCCUCACACCACAGAGGAGUGGCGCCCACCUCACACCACAGAGGAGUGGCGCCUGCCUCACACCACAGAGGAGUGGCGCCCGCCUCACACCACAGAGGAGUGGCGCCCGCCUCACAUCUCAGAGGAGUGGCGCCUGCCUCACACCACAGAGGAGUGGCGCCCGCCUCACACCACAGAGGAGUGGCGCCCGCCUCACACCACAGAGGAGUGGCGCCCGCCUCACAUCACAGAGGAGUGGCGCCCGCCUCACAUCACAGAGGAGUGGCAUCCGCCUCACACCACAGAGGAGUGGCGCCCGCCUCACAUCUCAGAGGAGGAGUGGCGCCCGCCUCACACCACAAAGGAGUGGCGCCCGCCUCACAUCUCAGAGGAGGAGUGGCGCCCGCCUCACACCACAGAGGAGUGGCGCCCGCCUCACACCACAGAGAAGUGGCGCCCGCCUCACACCACAGAGGAGUGGCACCUGCCUCACACCACAGAGGAGUGGCGCCCGCCUCACACCACAGAGGAGUGGUGCCCGCUGUGCAGCAACGCAGCCGAGCAGCAGCGUAGCCGCGAAGCCGAGCAGCCGUGUAGCCGCGAAGCCGAGCAGCAGCGUAGCCGCGAAGCUGAGGGUGUGGCGCCCGCCUCACAUCACAGAGGAGUGGCGCCCGCCUCACACCACAGAGGAGUGGCGCCCGCCUCACAUCUCAGAGGAGGAGUGGUGCCCGCCUCACAACACAGAGGAGUGGCGUCGGCCUCAAACCACAGAGGAGUGGCGCCCGCCUCACACCAUAGAGGAGUGGCGCCCGCCUCACAUCACAGAGGAGUGGCGCCCGCCUCACACCACAGAGGAGUGGCGCCCGCCUCACACCACAGAGGAGUGGCGCCUGCCUCACACCACAGAGUGGCACCCGCCUCACAUCACAGAGGAGUGGCGCCCGCCUCACACCACAGAGGAGUGGCGCCCGCCUCACACCACAGAGGAGUGGCGCCCGCCUCACAUCACAGAGGAGUGGCGCCUGCCUCACACCACAGAGGAGUGGCGCCUGCCUCACAUCAAAGAGGAGUGGCGCCCGCCUCACACCACAGAGGAGUGGCGCCUGCCUCACACCACAGAGGAGUGGCGCCUGCCUCACACCACAGAGGAGUGGCGCCCGCCUCACAUCACAGAGGAGUGGCGCCCGCCUCACACCACAGAGGAGUGGCGCCCGCCUCACAUCACAGAGGAGUGGCGCCCGCCUCACACCACAGAGGAGUGGCGCCCGCCUCACAUCUCAGAGGAGGAGUGGCGCCCGCCUCACAACACAGAGGAGUGGCGCCCGCCUCACACCACAGAGGAGUGGCGCCCGCCUCACACCACAGAGGAGUGGCGCCCUCCUCACAUCACUAAGGAGUGGCGCCUCCCUCACACAACAGAGGAGUGGCGCCUGCCUCACACCACAGAGGAGUGGCGCCUGCCUCACACCACAGAGGAGUGGCGCCCGCCUCACAUCACAGAGGAGUGGCGCCCGCCUCACACCACAGAGGAGUGGCGCCCGCCUCACACCACAGAGGAGUGGCGCCCGCCUCACAUCACAGAGGAGUGGCGCCUGCCUCACACCACAGAGGAGUGGCGCCCGCCUCACACCACAGAGGAGUGGCGCCCGCCUCACACCACAGAGGAGUGGCGCCUGCCUCACACCACAGAGGAGUGGCGCCCGCCUCACACCACAGAGGAGUGGCGCCCGCCUCACACCACAGAGGAGUGGCGCCCGCCUCACACCACAGAGGAGUGGCGCCCGCCUCACACCACAGAGGAGUGGCGCCCGCCUCACACCACAGAGGAGUGGCGCCCGCCUCACACCACAGAGGAGUGGCGCCCGCCUCACACCACAGAGGAGUGGCGCCCGCCUCACACCACAGAGGAGUGGCGCCCGCCUCACACCACAGAGGAGUGGCGCCCGCCUCACACCACAGAGGAGUGGCGCCCGCCUCACACCACAGAGGAGUGGCGCCCGCCUCACACCACAGAGGAGUGGCGCCCGCCUCACACCACAGAGGAGUGGCGCCCACCUCACACCACAGAGGAGUGGCGCCCGCCUCACACAACAGAAGAGUGGAGCCCGCCUCACAUCACAGAGGAGUGGCGCCCGCCUAACACCACAGAGGAGUGGCGCCCGCCUCACAUCACAAAGGAGAGGAGAGGAGAGGAGCCUCAUAGGCUCAUCAUAAAAGAGAGGCGCCUCUUAGAGGAGAGGCGCCCCAUAGAGGAGGAAGCGCGGGGAGUGGAGGAAGCGAGGGGAGUGGAAGAAGCGAAGAGAGUGGAGGAAGCGAGGUUGGAGAGAAGGGAGGAGGAAGCGAGGGGAGUGGAGGAAGCGAGGUGGAAGAGGAGGGCUGGAUGGCCCUUGGGAGGAGGAAGCGUGGGGAGUGGAGGAAGCGAGGUGGGAGAGGGGGGCUGGAUGGCCCUUAAGAGGAGGAAGCGAGGGGAGUGGAGGAAGCGAGGUGGGAGAGGAGGGCUGGAUGGCCCUUGGGAGGAGGAAGCGUGGGGAGUGGAGGAAGCGAGGUGGGAGAGGAGGGCUGGAUGGCCCUUAGGAGGAGGAAGCAUGGGGAGUGGAAGAAGCGAGGUGGGAGAGGAGGGCUGGAUGGCCCUUAGGAGGAGGAAGCGUGGGGAGUGGAGGAAGCGAGGUGGGAGAGGAGGGCUAGAUGGCCCUUAG